AUGUUCAAAAUAAGGGGAAAGGCGGUUCCAGGAAGGAUCAUUUUGACAUUAUGCAUUGCCAGUUUUCUUGUGGGAACACUUUUCACCAGACACACAUGGCCUUACACGACCAUACUUAACGACGUUCAUUUCGAGAAUCAUGAACAUAAGAUGAGUUUCUUAACACCUAAAGACUGUGACCGAAAGCAUGUAAUUUUUUUCUACAAGAAAUUGGUUGAAGAUAAUUCAAGAGAUAUCAUGGGAGAAGUCGCCAAGAAUCAUCAACCCAUCCAAUCAUUGGACAAAACAAUAUCCACAUUAGAGAUGGAACUAGAAGCAGCACGCACAAGUCUACUCGGGCCGAAAUUUAUGUCAGAAAGAAUGAAGCCAUCUAACAAGACAUCCCUACAAAAAGCAUUUGUUGUCAUUGGUAUUAAUACAACUUUUAGCAGCAAGAAACGUCUAGACUCACUUCGAGAAACAUGGAUGCCUACUGGAGAAAAACUAAAUAAACUAGAAAAAGAAAAGCGGAUCAUAAUAAGAUUUGUGAUAGGACACAGUGCAACACCUAGAGGUGUUCUUGAUCGAGCCAUUGACAUGGAAGAGGAGAAAUAUAAAGAUUUUUUGAGGUUGAAUCAUGUGGAGGGGUACCAUGAGCUCUCCAUAAAGACAAGAUUGUAUUUUUCUAAAGUUGUCUCCAUUUGGGAUGCAGAAUUUUAUGUGAAGGUGGAUGAUGAUGUACAUGUCAAUCUGGGUAUGCUUAUGACUACACUUGCACGCUACAGAUCUAAACCAAGAACUUAUCUUGGAUGCAUGAAGUCGGGACCCGUGCUCUUUCAAAAAGGGGUAAGAUACCAUGAACCAGAAUACUGGAAAUUCGGAGAAGAAGGGAACAAGUACUUCAGACAUGCAACUGGCCAAAUACAUGCCAUCUCCAAGGAUUUAGCAACAUUUAUUUCCAUCAACUCGGGUAUUUUGCAUAGGUACGCCAAUGCGGAUGUCUCUUUAGGAUCAUGGCUGAUUGGAUUGGAUGUUCAACACAUAGAUGAUCGUUCCAUGUGUUGUGGAACUCCUCCAGAUUGUGAAUGGAAGAAACAAGUAAGUAAUGUUUGUGUAGCUGCAUUUGAUUGGUCAUGCAGUGGAAUAUGCAAGUCGGUUGAGAGGAUGAAAUUUGUUCAUAACUCUUGCGGAGAAGGAGAUAGUGUUGUUUGGAAUGUUAAUAUUUGA